AUGCAUUUAUCAAUGGAUAGCCUGGGAAUUGUGGAUGACGAUUGCUUGGACAGCUAUGACAUGGCAAAGGGUGCCAGCUCAAGUGCUGCAGGAAGAGUUCACAGCAUUGAUGUCAUUUUGGGAUUCACUAAGGACCAGGACCCUUUGCUCCAUGCUGUUGGGGAAGAUGGCAGUCAGAAAACCAGUGUGGAAAAUCCACAGCAUGAGCAAAACAAUGUGGGCAAACAGGGAGCACAAGACCCCUACGGACACCUCCCAGAGAUGGCCAACGGUGGACAGCACCCGUCCUACCAUGAAACUGAUAUGUUUCAUCAGGACAAAUGUGAUGCUGAAAUGACUAGCCUGAACAAGGACAGGGACACAGGUGAAGACUCUCCGGACCCGUCUAAGGAGGAGCACCACUCCAAAAAAAAGCACAGAAGAAACCGUACCACUUUCACCACAUAUCAGCUCCAUGAGCUGGAGCGAGCCUUUGAGAAGUCCCACUAUCCCGAUGUCUACAGCCGUGAGGAGCUGGCAAUGAAGGUCAAUCUGCCAGAGGUUCGAGUUCAGGUAUGGUUUCAAAAUCGAAGAGCCAAAUGGAGGCGUCAAGAGAAGAUGGACACCAGCACAAUGAAACUCCAUGACUCUCCCAUGCUCUCGUUCAACCGUCCACCUAUGCCUCCUACUGUAGGCCCAGUGCCCAGCCCUUUGCCACUGGACCCCUGGCUCACCUCACCCAUCUCAAGUGCCACACCUAUGCACAGUAUACCAGGCUUCAUGGGGUCACCUCAAAGCCUGCAACCAGCCUACCCCAACCACAACUUUCUAAACACAGCUCCCGGCAUGGUUCAGAGCAUGCAGCCAAUGGGCCCACCUGCAUACCAGUGCCCCCCAAACUUCAAUGACAAAUACCCGAUGGACGAUGACAGGAGCUCCAGCAUUGCAGCCCUCAGAAUGAAGGCCAAAGAACACAUUCAGUCUAUGGACAAAACCUGGCAACACAUGUGA